AUGAUUAUCGCGUUCAUCGAAAAGGAGCACAGGGAGUGGGAUGAACACAUCGCGGAUUUCCGGUUCGCGUACAAUACCGCCUGUCAUUCCUCUUUGGGAGCAUCUCCCGCUUUCCUGAACCUUGGGCGUGAGUUAGAGCCAGUACAUUCGAUGAAACGCAAUCAGGGGGUUACCGAGAUUGAACCGGGGGAUACCGCAAAAUGGGCAACCCGAAUGAAGGACAUGCAAGCCUUAAGGGAAUGGGUUGUCGAGAACUUAGAUAGAGCCUACGAGAGACAGGCUUCCCGGUAUAACUUGCGUAGACGUAAUCGCACGUUCAAGGUAGGAGAUUUGCUAAAACGCCAACACGUUUUGUCAUCGGCGGCCCAAAAUAUAGCCGCCAAACUAGCACACAAAUUCCAGGGCCCGUUUAAAGUGGUGCGAGUGAUCUCUCCGGUGAUUUACGAGUUGGGCACACUGGAGGGAUCGCUCAGUGGUAAGACCCAUAUACAAGAUUUGAAACCUUACCACACUCCUGAUACCGUUUAG